AUGGCGACUGAUACGGCAGCUCCUACAUCGGAACUCUCGGCCGUAGCUCCGAUCACGGUGGAGAAACAGCCGCACCACCUCGAGAGGAAGUGGACGUUUUGGUACGACAAUCAGUCGAAACCCAAACAGGGAGACGUCUGGGGCUCCAAUCUCCGCAAGGCUUACACUUUCGGCACAGUCGAAGAGUUCUGGUGUUUAUAUGAUCAGAUAUUCAGACCAAGCAAGUUCCCUGCAUCUGCCGACAUUCAUUUAUUCAGAGCUGGAGUGGAGCCCAAAUGGGAGGACAUUGAGUGUGCUAAUGGGGGAAAGUGGACUGUUACAAGCAGCAAGAAGGCUAAUCUGGACAGCAUGUGGCUUGAAACUUUAAUGGCUUUAAUUGGGGAGCAAUUUGAUGAGGCUGAUGAGAUAUGUGGAGUGGUUGCCAGCGUGCGCCAGAGGCAAGAUAAACUCUCAUUGUGGACCAAGACUGCAGCUAAUGAAGCAGCUCAGAUGGGCAUCGGGAGGAAGUGGAAGGAGAUUAUUGAUGUGACCGAUAAGAUAUCUUACAGCUUCCAUGAUGACUCCCGGAGGGAGAGAUCAGCAAAAAGCCGAUAUCAUGUCUGA